AUGCUUCGAAUUAAUCGCAAUCGAGCCACGUCUAUGCUUCUCAGGCAUCCACAACAACCAGCGUAUGUACCUUUGAAGCGAGUGAAUAUUGAAGCAACAAUUCGUGCAUUUGCUGCUGAUGUGACCAUUACACAAGUAUUUCGCAACGAUGAAAAAACACUGAUCGAGGCUGUUUACUGUUUUCCAAUAGAAGAACAAGCAGCAAUCUACACAUUUGCAGCUCGAAUUGACGAUCGAGAAAUUGUUGCUCAAUUGAAAGAGAAAAAAGAAGCACAACGAGAAUAUAACGAUGCUUUGCAACAAGGUUAUGGAGCCUAUCUAUUAGAACAAGACGAAAAAUCUCAAGAUAAUUUUAUCGUCAACGUCGGUGCUCUACCUCCAUCGAAAGAAUGCACAAUUACCAUCGGUUAUGUAACAGAAUUAGAUCUUGUUCAAGGAUCUACCAUUCAAUUUGUCAUUCCUACAACCAUUGCACCGCGUUACAAUCCCGAUAAAGGUGGCAUUUCAUCGCCAGCCGGUACCACUUCUAAAUACGUUCAAUCAAGUCCGUAUACCAUCGACUUUCGGUGUCACAUUGAAAAGACGCUUGGAUCUCAGCUAGGACAAAUUACUCGAGUUAGUUCAUCCUCACAUCCGAUCGAAAUCAAUCUUGCACAAGAAGAUUCUUAUAUUGUGACAUUCGCUCAGCAGAAUACUCAUUUAGAUCGAGAUAUUCUGAUUAAUAUUGAUCUAUCCGAUAAACGAAAUAGCACCAUUGCAGCUGUGGAACCCGGUGCUGUAAUGGUUGCUUUUAUUCCAACUGAAGAAGACUGUCGACAAGCAGCGAAAAAUGAUUUAACAAAUGAAUUUAUUUUUGUCGUCGAUUGUAGUGGAUCAAUGCAGGAUAAAAACAAAAUCGAAUUAGCUCGACAAGCCAUGUUACUCUUCCUUAAGAGUUUACCUGUCAAUUGUCAUUUCAAUAUUAUCCGAUUUGGCUCUCAAUAUAAGACUCUAUUCAAUGAGGUUACCGCAGUUUACAACGAAAUUAAUGCUCAACAAGCCGAACAACUCAUCCAACAAAUGCAAGCAGAUCUUGGUGGGACUGAAUUGGUAAGUUUGAUUUCUUUUCC